CGGAUCCUCUCUAUGCCCCAGUGUAACCCAGCUGUGAGACGCGAGCUCUUCGCCUGCACAGCAGAACCACUGGGCUUCCAGAGCUUCUACUGAUCCAUUCCUGAUCAGAUCAGAUCAGAUCCAUACUCUUCAGUUCUCCUUCUGCUCACUCCUCCAGUCCUCAACUCCAGUGAUGGGGAACUCUACCGGCUCCACCGUGGACGACCUGCAGGCUGUGGAAAUGCACCUGUGGUAUAAGAAGUUUAUGACGGAGUGUCCGUCGGGUCAGCUCACGCUGCACGAGUUUAAGCAGUUUUUCGGGCUGAGGGGUUUGGACCCGGAGGCAAACGCAUACAUUGAACAGAUGUUCCGAACCUUUGACAUGAACAAGGAUGGGUACAUAGACUUCAUGGAGUACGUGGCAGCUCUGAGCCUGGUGAUGAGAGGAAAGAUGGAGCACAAGCUGCGCUGGUACUUCAGACUGUACGAUGUUGAUGGCAAUGGCUGCAUAGACAGACACGAGCUACUCAACAUCAUAAAGGCUAUCCGAGCCAUUAAUGGCAGUGAUGCACAGGAGCUCUCUGCAGAGGAGUUCACAAACCGUGUCUUCGACAAGAUUGACGUUAAUGGCGACGGUGAGCUGAGUCUGGAAGAGUUUGUGGAGGGAGCUCGCAGUGAUGACGAAUUCAUGGAGGUGAUGGUGAAGAGUCUGGACCUCACUCACAUCGUCGCCAUGAUCCACAACCGCAGACACAGCAUAUAAGCAUUAAAUACAACCUUUUCUCACUAUAAGUACUGGCAGCAAGCUAAAUGAGCCCAAUAAGUGUAAAUUACAUUUCUUAGUAACUAAGAACAACAUCCAUUUAACUGCUGCCUAGAUUACCAACUACAGAAUGACUCAAAACAACAUAAAAAAAGAACGAUGUUUGGUUACUUAAGCAACAAUGGUGCAA